AUGCCCGUCAAAUAUGACCCGAACACUUUGUGGGUGGCACUCAACCAGUACAGUGAUGGUAACGUCUUCGAGGUGUACCCGAAGUUGUUGGCACAGCUGUUCCUGCAGGAGGAGGCUGCGAGACAGGAUGGUGACACCAGUGAAGCUGAGAAGCUGGUCCUUCCUAGCGAUAAGGAUUAUAGACUGCAGAAAUACUUCGUUCUUGUCGAAUUACAGAAGGACUUGGAAGAGGACGAAGAUGGUAACAAAGUGGCUAAACCGGUCGAAGAACCGGUGGAGGAAUGGGCGCCAUGGUCACUCGUGGUAGCCACCAAGAACCCUCAUGCACCACCACCAGUCGCUGUCAAAACUUCGCCGGGUCCUGCUUGGGAUAUUGGACAGGUGCUAAAAGCUGCGCGCUUGCUGUGUAAGCCGCCGUUGCCUGUGGACUUCGAUGACGAGCAAGAAAUGCGUUGUGUUUAUUCCCUCAUUUACGAAGUUUUUAGAUAUAAAUCCAUAUUGGAUCAAGCUUUGGAAGAUGUUGCGUUUUUGGUGGAACAUCGCGAGUUUUUGGAACAUCGUCACGCAUUAUGGCUGUUUCUAAUGGAAUUGACGAGACGCCGAUGGGGAGCUCGUUCACGCAGCGAGAUGGAGCGAGCCACGCAACUCCUGGAAGAGGCUGGAUAUCCUUUCAAAAAUAUUGAGAACACUUUGUGGGAUGAAAGAGUCCACUUAGCCGCUGCUAUUGCAAGAAUUCGGAUUAAAAAUCGAGCUUUCUCCUUGGCGGAUUUAUUGCCACCCCAUCUGCGUGAAGAACGCGUAUCUGCGUGUGUCAACAAGGAUACGGUGACGGGAUGGGUCAACACUUUCAAAGCCAAAAAAGUUGCCCUUCUAGUAAAGAGGUUACAUGAGCUCGGAUACACCUACAGUAACUCUCGACAACUUUGUGCUGGAGAAUACAGAUUUGAUCGCGUCUGUCCAAGAUUCAUCACUCUACGUCCACCAGAAAAUGACAGCAUUGGCCAAUUGGAUCUUGUAAGAGACGGAGUAAUAGUGCUUCAGGAGCGUGAGUUCUGCGAAGGCGCAUCGACCCUAUGCCGUGCUCUUCGGGCGAAUUGUCUCAGAGGAGUAGUGGCACAGACACAUGCGUCUUCUCCCCGAUGUUCUGCAUACCUUGCUGCUCAACUACGUGAGCUGGCUGCAGUCCUUAAAGCAAAGGCACCAGCAGCACCAGCCACACCAGAACUUGGGAAACUAGUCGUCUUUGGAGCUGGCGAUAAGGUAGAAAGCUACGUCUGUGCCCUUCGUGAACUAGGUAUAGAAGCGUCAGAAGCACCUCAGUCCGGGGCUCCCGUAUGCGUUAUCAGUGACCCAGUACACUAUGACACUCCUGUGGUAACCAACGCAUUAGACGGAGUAGUUGCUGUGCUAGCCACGCCACCUAACUCGUACUCAGCCGUCACAGAUCCCAUUGAUCUUGUUUGCGGACGAGGAGGGGACCUCGCGAUGUUAGAGAUUUUAACAGAGUCAGAAAUAGAUGUGGAAGGCAAAGCUCGUGUGCAAUCCAUUUUGGAAGAACAGAAGAAAACUUUAAAAUCACUCAUGUCUAAACCACAGAUUCAGUUGAUUUUGUAUGAAACGCAUUCAGCUUUGGAGGCUGAGAAUCAGGCGCAAAUCACUCGGGCAGUAGCGGAGGCGAAUAGACUGGCACGCGAACGACAUGCGUUGCUCAAGAGGAAACAUCGUCAGCCUAGCCCACAAAAGCAAACUGCUCUAUCAGUCGUAAAUGAAACUGUAGUCGUCGGUGCUAACGCAGCCAAUGAACCUCUGGAACCGAAUGAAUCCGUAUCGUCUCUUGGGUCCGUUUCACAUUCCGAAUUAGACAAGGAUGAGAAUGAAGACGAUGAAAUGUCCCUCAGUGAAUGUUCACCCACGGGAUCGCCUUCGGGUUCCCGGCCAAGUACAGCCAAGAACAAGUCUAGUACCACGGCACUGAAGAAACAAGCGGAAAAUAUGGAUGUGCACACAUCUCCAGGGACAACUAAAGCAAGACCUAUCCCUACAAUGCCGAACUGUGACAUACCGAAAGACCCUGAUAAAGACAGCCCAAAUGUUAUUGUGCCAAGUUGUGAUCUAUUUGAAAUAAGGACACUACCGAAUCUGGGGAAUGGUUUGGAUAUCAACUACAUUCUGGACAGAGACGGGUGUUUCCUCGGUUUAAUUCAGAGAAAGGAGAUCACCCGGCUCGACGCUAAGUUUAUGAUCCGAGUGGCCGAGGACCGCGGGUUGUUUGGGCCCGGCGCAGGCGCUCCACAGCCGCAGCGACGCAAGCGUACUGAAACUGCUGCACUGUCACCUCGGAGAAGACGUCGUAAGGCUAGCUUUGAGGUGGAGCGCGUAGCAGCUCCUACAUACGCGUCGAUGUCGCGCGCAGCACGUCGCGGCAGCGCGCCGGGUUGCCUGGACACGAUGACGUGCCGUGGCUCCGCCGCCGACCGUCACAUCUGCGAGCGACACGCGCGACGUCAGGCAGCUGCCGCGGCCAUCACUGCCGCCGGGUGCACUUGUGAUGCUAGGCACAAACACCGUCGUUCGUCAGCGGCGGGUGUGACAGGCGCUCCCGCGUCGUCAGGGCCGCGGCAGGCCGACGCUCCGUGCCGCCGUCCCUUCCCGCUCGUGGUCCACGAGUUACAACUCCAAGCUGUUGUACAGCAUCAAAAGAUUUUCGCUUCCUGA